CAUCUUCGAAGUAAACACAAAGAGAUCAAGUAGUUUUGAUAUCUUCUUUGUCGAUUCGAUACUCUCUUCCUCCUCUAAUACUAUCAUGGCUUGGCUUAAGGCCUUGGCGUUGGCUUUAAGCCUUGCUUGGUUAGGGUUCGUGGCAGAUGCUGCAAUUGUGGAGCACACAUUUAACGUGGGCAAUUUGAGUGUUCGACGAUUGUGCCAGAACACAGUCAUAACUGCAGUUAACGGCCAGAUGCCCGGGCCGACCAUUGAAGUGAAUGAAGGUGACACGUUGGUCGUUCACGUCAUCAAUGACUCCCCUUAUAAUAUGACAAUUCACUGGCAUGGUGUUCUUCAAAUCUUGAGCAGUUGGGCUGAUGGCGCGAACAUGAUAUCGCAAUGCCCGAUCCGUUCGGGAAAGAAAUUCACCUAUAAAUUCAACGUCACAAAACAAGAAGGCACUCUUUGGUGGCACGCCCACACUUCCUUUCUCCGUGCGACUGUCUAUGGAGCUCUCAUCAUCCGCCCUCGACGUGGCCCUGCGGGCUACCCCUUCCCUAAGCCUGAUUACGAAGUUCCCAUCAUAAUCGGAGAAUGGUGGAACGCCAAUGUGGUGGAGUUGGAGAGAAUAGCCAUCGACGUCGGCGGCAUCCCCACCAUCUCGGACGCCUUCACCAUCAACGGCCAGCCCGGCGACCAGUACAAUUGCUCUAGAAAACACAUGUACGAGCUCAAGGUGGUGCCCGGGAAGACCUACUUGCUGCGCCUCAUCAACUCUGCACUCGUGAACCAGCACUUCUUCAUGAUCGCUGGCCACUCCUUCACUGUCGUCGCCGCCGACGCCAGCUACACCGCCCCUUACAAAACCGACGUCCUCGUCCUCGCCUCCGGCCAGACCGUCGACGCCCUCAUGGUCGCCGACGCUGCACCCGGUGACUACUACAUGGCCGCCCGCCCGUACAUCAGCACUGGAUUCAACUUCCCCGGACUCCGCUUCGACACCUCCACCACUACGGCAGUCCUUCGCUACCACACCCCGCGUCCGGCGACGCCGCUCAUGCCGAUGCUCCCGAGCCUGUACUCCCUCGAGACCGCGAACCGGUUUUACACGAACAUUACCGGGUUGGUCCGGCCGGGCCACCCGACCGUGCCGCUGCAUGUGGAUGAGCACAUGUUUGUCACGUUUGGGUUCGGUCUGGUUCCCUGCGUGCCGAGUCAAAUCCGCUGCAACCGUUCCACCGGGUCCUUCGCCGCGAGCAUGAACAACGUGUCGUUCCAUUUCCCCACCCGGGUGUCCCUCCUGGAGGCGAGCUAUCGGCGGAUCGAUGGCGUCUACACCGCCGACUUCCCCGACGAGCCGCCGGUCUGGUUCGACUUCACCAACGUGACCGACCCCGGGCUGACGAUGACAGUGAAGCAGACCCGGGCGAAGCGGGUCCGGUUCGGGGCGACGGUCGAGAUGGUCCUGCAGAACACGGCGAUCAUCGCGACGGAGAACCACCCGAUGCACAUCCAUGGCUACAACUUCUUCAUUCUCGCACAAGGUUUCGGCAACUACAACAAGGCUACCGCCCCCGCCCGGUACAAUCUGGUGAACCCGCAGGUGAGGAACACCAUCGGUGUGCCGGUCGGAGGCUGGGCUGUCAUCCGGUUCGUGGCCAAUAACCCAGGGAUGUGGUUCAUGCACUGCCAUUUGGAUUCGCACUUGCCGUUGGGGUUGUCGAUGGCGUUCGAGGUGGAGAAUGGACCGGACGCGGACUCGACGCUGCCGCCGCCGCCGCCGGACUACCCGAGUUGCCAUGAUUAUUAAGUUAAGCCGGCUGGCCGGCCGGAGAAGAAGAUGAAUAAAUAUAGCAGCUUAAUUUAUUACAUUUACAUGUACUAUUGGCAGCACAUUGUGCACAUUUACAUGUGCUAGAAAAUUAUCAUUAUCUUAUCGAUUGUCAUAAUUCUCACUGUUAAUUUUUAUUUAUUACAUGUUACACAUU